AUGCCCUUCUCAGCCACGCCCACAAGCUGCGGCCUACAGCUCUUAAGGUCAUCCCCCUGGGGCUCCACCUUCAGCAACCUCCUCCAGGAUCCUUUGCUGAAUUGCCCGGUCUCAUGCCCCCCCCCCCCCCCUCCAGUGGUGUGCGGAGCGCGGUUCUCUCAGGAGCCGGCUGACCAGGCGGUGGUGCUGGGGGAACGGGUCAUCCUGUCCUGUGUCGUCUUCAACUACACCGGCAUCGUGCAGUGGACCAAGGACGGCCUGGCCCUGGGCAUCGGAGAGGACCUGCGGGCCUGGCCACGGUACCGUGUGUUAAGAGUGGUGGACGUUGGUCAGUAUAAUCUGGAGAUCACCUCAGCACAGUUGUCUGAUGACUCCCUCUACGAGUGCCAGGCCACCGAGGCCGCACUGCGCUCCCGCCGAGCCAAACUGACCGUCCUCAUCCCACCAGAUAACCCAGUGAUAGACGGCUCUCCAGAGCUGUUGCUGUUGGCCGGCGUCCCCUACAACCUGAGCUGUGUGUCCAGGGGGGCCAAACCGCCAGCCAACAUACAGUGGACACGCGACGGAAUAGCACUGGAGGGAGCCUACAGCACCACGGAGGUGCUCCCAGACAGGAAGCGGGUCACCACGCGGAGCCUCCUCCCCCUCACUCCAAAGGAUGUGGACUCUGGACGCAACUACUCCUGUGUGUCCACCAACCCAGCCGUGCCAUUGGGCAAGCACACUAGCGUCAUACUCAACGUCCACCACAAGCCCACGGUCAUUCUGUCCAUAGAGCCACGGUCAGUGCUGGGGGGAGAGAGAGUCACCUUCACCUGCCAGGCCACAGCCAACCCACCUAUCAUGGGCUACAGGUGGGCUAAAGGAGGUGUGAUUUUGGACUGGGCCAGGGAUAGUGUGUAUGUGACGCUGGUUGACCACUCCUACUUCACCGAGCCUGUGUCCUGUGAGGUGUUCAACGCUGUGGGCAGCACAAACGUCAGCAUUCUAGUGGACGUCCACUUCGGGCCGAUGCUGGUGGCGGAGUCUCCGCCCAUGGUAGUGGACGUUGGAUCGGACGUCAGCCUGAACUGCAAGUGGGCCGGCAACCCCCCCCUCACCCUCACCUGGACCAAGAAGGGCACUAGCAUGGUUCUCAGUAAUAACAAUCAGCUGCACCUGAAGUCUGUGAGCCAAGCGGACGCCGGCAAAUACGUCUGCCAGGCCAUCGUCCCCCGCAUAGGAGUGGGGAAGACCGAGGUGUCCCUCACGGUCAACGGUCCCCCCAUAAUCUCCAGUGAUGCGGUCCAGUAUGCGGUCAGAGGGGAGCGAGGAGAAAUCCGCUGCUACAUAGCCAGCACCCCCCCGCCAGACAAGAUUGUGUGGGCCUGGAAGGAGAACGUUCUGGAGAAGGAGAGGGGCACUCUACUGGAACGCUACACAGUGGAGCAGAGCAAAGCUGUACCACAGGGGGGCGCUGUUCUCUCCACACUCACCAUCACCAGCGUCAUAGAGGCCGACUUCCAGUCCACCUACAACUGCACCGCCUGGAACGCCUUCGGACCGGGAACCAUGAUCAUCACCCUCAAAGAGACAGAGCUGGUUCCAGUGGGCAUCAUCGCUGGAGGGACCGUCGGCUCCUCACUGCUGCUGCUCCUCUUCCUCACCGCCCUGGCCUUCUACCUGUACCGCCAGCGCAAACGCCGCCACCGGGGCGUGGCGCUGAAGCCGGACAUUAAGGUGGAGACGGUUAACAAGGAGACACACAGCCUGGAGGAGGAGCCUGUCAACGUUUCCACGACGACUCGCAUGGUCAAGGCCAUGUACUCUCCCUUCAAGGAGCACAUGGAGCUCAAGCCUGACACACACACCGAAACACACACACCGCAGAGCGAGGAGUACGAGCUCAAGGACCCGACCAACGGCUACUACAACGUCCGUGCGACGCCCCAAGAUGAGACUCACCCGUCGUCUCGCUCGCUGCUCUAUCAGGAGUUCCGCCCAGUCAACCCCCCACCAGCCGCCCCGGCAACCGCCGUCCCGGCAACCAACCGCAGCCUCGCCCCCAUUGGCCGCUAUGAGGUCCGCCCACAGUCCCGCCUCUCCCACCCCGGAUACUCCCACUUUAACACGGUUGCCCGGGCAACGCAGAGCAAAGCCCCGCCCAGCACAGACUUUAGUGGAGACUGCGGCCUUCUGACCUCCACCAAUCAGGUGGCCUAUGACAGCUACGCCUACCCAACCAGCUCGCAGUACACCCAGUACAGGCUGGGCUUUGCCCCGCCCCUGGAGGAAGGGCCAGCCUAUGAGAUGUACCCUACAGGACAAGGGGCGGGACAAGGCGUGGCCUCCGAGCAGCCAUCGGCCAAAUACGGAAGCGCCGCCCAUUUCCCAUACAAUACCCCGCCCACUGAACACACACACACACACACCCAGAGGAUGCAGACACACGUGUGAGACA